CAUUAAGGGCCAUCCUUGGAGGUCAUAUUCAGGAAACAAAUUGUUUACAUUCGCAAACCUAAUUGCAUCAUAACAAUUUCUUUGAUUUGUUUAACAACGCCUUGACGGAUAUCAAAGAAAAAUCGCACAGCUUUAAAUAGUGUUCAACUGCCUAUUUUAAACUGCCCAUUUUAAGCUGCCAAUUUUACUGAUAAAUUCGACAAUUGGCAAGAAGCAAAUAUGGUCCAUAAAGUAACAGUGGCUGUCUCAACUUUAAACCAGUGGGCUCUGGACUUUGAAGGAAAUAUGGCCCGAAUAUUGCAAUCCAUAUUAGAAGCCAAGGACAUGGGCGCUAGUUAUCGCACUGGACCUGAGUUGGAAGUUUGUGGUUACAGCUGCGAGGAUCAUUUUCGUGAGUCGGAUACUUUUCUGCAUUCGUGGGAGACACUCUUGGAAAUCAUGAUGUCACCUUUUUGCGAAAAUAUGCUUGUGGAUGUAGGCAUGCCAGUGAUGCAUCACAACGUUGCGUACAAUUGCCGCGUGGCUUUUUUUAAUCGGAAACUAUUGUUGAUUCGUCCCAAGAUGGCAAUGUGUGACGAUGGUAACUAUCGUGAAACGCGCUGGUUUACCGCCUGGACGAAAGCCUUAAAAACGGAAGAGUAUCUGCUUCCACUCCUUAUCACCCAACAUACAGGCCAGCAAACGGUGCCUUUCGGUGAUGCUGUCAUAGAGACGCGCGAUACCUGCAUCGGCUAUGAGAUAUGUGAAGAACUGUGGAACGUAAGCAGUAAGCACAUCGACAUGUCGUUAUCGGGCGUGGAAAUAAUAGUAAACGGAUCCGCUAGCUAUAUGGAGCUUCGAAAAGCGCAUAUUACUGCCGAUCUCAUACGCAACGCUAGUUUCAAGGCUGGAGGAGCUUAUCUAUUUAGCAACUUGCGCGGAUGUGACGGCCAACGAGUAUAUUUUAAUGGUUGCUCGACCAUUGCGCUUAAUGGUGAGCUGUUAGCGCGUAGCCAGCAAUUUGCUCUUCAAGAUGUAGAGGUAACACUCGCCACCAUUGACUUGGAAGACAUUCGUGCGCAUCGUAUAAGUCAGCGUUCGCGUUGCAUAACAGCUGCUAAAGCGGCAGCAUACCCGCGAAUUCGUUGCGAUUUUGAGAUGUCCACACGCAGUGACAUAUUCAUAACAUCAACGCCGCCUCUUCACUACACCAGCCACACGGUUGAAGAGGAGAUUGCCUUGGGACCCGCCUGCUGGCUCUGGGACUAUUUACGGCGUUCCGGACAGGGUGGUUUUUUCCUACCACUUAGUGGCGGCGUUGACUCCAGCAGCUCAGCAACAAUAGUAUACUCCAUGUGUCGACAAGUAGUUCACGCUGUACAACAUGGCGAUGCACAGGUUCUUUACGACAUACGUAAAAUCCUAGCCGAUACUGACUAUACGCCGGAUAAUGCGGCAUCACUUUGCAGCCGACUGCUAGUCACCUGUUAUAUGGGAAGUGUCAACAGCAGCAAAGAAACGAGAAGUCGUGCUGCGCAACUGGCUAGCCAAUUAGGUAGCUACCAUAUUGAAAUCAGCAUCGAUCUGGCCGUAAAUGCAUUAUUGGGUAUUUUCAAUGUGGUAACCGGAUUGACGCCAGUCUUUCGUACCCAAGGUGGCUGCGCUAGACAAAACCUGGCGCUACAGAAUAUUCAGUCACGCAUACGCAUGGUACUUGCCUAUGUAUUUGCUCAACUAAUGUUGUGGGUCCGCAAUCGUCCAGGUGGUCUGCUUGUCUUGGGUUCGGCCAAUGUUGACGAAUCACUACGUGGUUAUUUGACCAAGUAUGAUUGCUCCUCAGCAGAUAUUAAUCCAAUUGGGGGCAUAGCAAAGUCGGAUUUGCGACGAUUUUUGGUGUACGCCAAAGAAAGGUACAAUCUUUCUGCACUGGAAAGCAUCAUCCAGGCGCCGCCCACUGCCGAACUAGAGCCAUUGCAGGAAAACGGCCAACUUUUACAAACCGACGAGCAAGACAUGGGAAUGAGCUAUGCAGAGUUAAGCGAGUAUGGACGCCUACGCAAACAAUCUUUUUGCGGACCCUACAGUAUGUUCUGCAAACUGGUUGCCACCUGGAAGGGCGAUCUGAGUCCCAAAGAAGUGGCUGAUAAAGUUAAGCAUUUUUUUCGCUGUUACGCUAUAAAUCGCCAUAAAAUGACCGUACUAACUCCUUCAGUGCAUGCAGAGAGUUAUAGCCCUGACGAUAAUCGAUUUGAUCACCGGCCUUUCCUUUAUCGUGCCAACUGGAGUUGGCAAUUUAAGGCAAUUGAUGAUGAGAUUAUUAAACUGCAGCCCAUUAACACUCCUUCUUCAGAGCAUGAAAGACCUACUAGCAAUGAGUUGCUUCUGUCACAUGACACUAGUACUCAACGCUCCAUACAUAUGAAUGACUCAAAGCACUCGUCGCCAUUGUCAUCUGCUUCGUUGGAUUUAGGCAUUUCUACCGCAGUGCUACCUCUUAUCGAUAAUCCACCUGCGCAAAGUAAAAAGUCAAGCGGUUUCUCGAAAGUACAUGUAAAUGUACUUGGCAAGAUAAAGGAUCGAACUGGAAUACCAGUCUAAAAUUCGUUGAGCGGUCCAAUAUUUAGCAUAUACUCUAAAUUUAAAGGUAGAGACUCAACAUUUUGCAUAAAUUACAGUAAGGCUAAAGUAGAAUUUUAGCUUUUUUUUGUAUUAGAUUCUGUCAUAUCGCUUUCCCUGUUCGUCCCUAUGUAUGAAGCGACAGAAGAAGUUCGACUUUAAUUUUGAAUGUCAAUGCAAAUUUUAGGUUAUUAACUUAAGUUUAGGCAUUGAUAUAUAGAGUAUAAUAAAAUUAAUAGAGUUCACAUAUCAAUAAAAAAAAAUGGUUUGAGUAAAG